AUGAACAUACAUCUUGCAAGUCCAUCUCCUGACCCGACCAUCAAUGCCCGACGGCGAAUUCCAGGGCUGCUCCGUCCGGAAGCGUUCACUCCGGAAGCAUUUACUCCGGAAGCGUUCACUCCGGAAGCGCUCGCUUCCGUAUGCGUUCUUGAAGACGUCGUCAUCAAGUCGGACUGGUCCAGCCGUACAAUUGGGGUAGUCUGCGAGUCGGCCCGCUUUGCAGAUCUCAUGGAAGUUGUUCAGAUCUCAACAUCACCGUUCGCUGAUCUGAUUAGGCGGAUUCUGGCACCUGAACACGGUCCUGGCGUGGAACACGACCCUUACCACCACGAAGAAGACCUAGUUGGCCAAACGGCAGCAAACUUUGGCAAUGCCGUAGUCGGCCGGUCGGAACCCGACGCGGCCCCGCUAGGCGGGACGGGAGCGGGCGAGACUGAAGUUUCGAAUAGCGACUCUGGCGAGUCAUCCGACCCUGAAAUGACUGCUUAUUUAAAGAGGGAACUAUCCAACGACACGUGGUCCGUGUUAGUUCAAAUUAGGACAAUGGACGCGGCCUGGAGAAGAGAUCCCACAGGCAACCUACCCUCAUGCCACCUACCCUCAUGCCACCUACCCUCAUGCCACCUACCCUCAUGUCACCUACCCUCAUGCCACCUACCCUCAUGCCACCUACCCUCAUGCCACCAACAAGCAGCCAAUCAACACACAACCAAUCUACUUGCCGACGAGUGGCUUCGGGUUGAAGACGUGUGUAUAGAAUACAAUGCUGAGAAAAUUACGGUGAAGGUUGGCUGGGUAGCGCUAGAGUCCAGCCUACUUCGCGACAGGCUGGAAGGUGUUGUCCGUGUCAGCAUGUCUCAGUUUGUGGCUCACUGUCGCGUGGAUGCGUCGGCCGCAGAAGAGUGGCCAGCGUCGACGAACGAGAACGGUGCGUCGUCUUUUGGAACCACUCCGGGAAGAGCUACUCCGGGAGCUACUCCGGGAGCGGUGCAUUCUCCCACUCCACGUCGCGGAGGACCGCGUGUUCUUGAAAUUGAUUCAGGACUCGAGAUAGACAUAGAACUUACUAAUAGCUUAGAUCAGACAGUUUUCCCAGAUUUCGUUCAAGAAGAAGGUCAUUGCUUUCCCGCGGCGUCCAAUGCUGUUUCCGAGACCUCUUUCCAAGAGGAGGGCAGACAAACCCUUUACGAAUGGAUUAACGUCUUCAAGGAUUUCCGACUACGGAUGGGCCAAAACCGAAUACAGUUCGCAGAGAUACAGGAGUUGCCCAAGUCUAUUCAUCAGUCGUUGCAAGGUCCCUUGACGCAUAAGAGUGUCGCCAACAAGGCCGGUGCGCCACCCAUCGGUCGCAAGACAUCUGGCCGCCAGUCGUCUGGUCGGAUGAUAUCUGGCCGCCAAUCGUCUGGUCGUCAGUCGGCGGGUCGUCAGUCGGCGGGUCGUCAGUCGGCGGGUCGUCAGACAUCUGGAGGCAGUAUUUGGGAGAGGCCUUUGUCUGCUACGGGUCACAAAGUGCCUAGUCGAAAUCUAAAGGUAAGUUUCGACCAACUGGAAGUUGCACCGAACCAGGACCUCAAUUCGUGCGGUUUGCGGUUAACUUUAAGUUCGCUCGGUUGUGUAUGGGAGGAAGCGGACAUGCCAGUGGCCAUGGUGUCGAGUCUACGUUCUGCCGAGUUCUCUUGGAUGCCAAAUUCUUUCUGUACAGGACUUUUGGACACGUUGGAAAUUCGUCUUUCCGACACGUCCCCCGCUGGACUAAGCAUUGCUGCUCCCUGGAGUGCUCCCUGUGCUUGGAGGGACGGUCUGAAACACUGUGGUUCUGAGCCGCAAUUAAAACCCGAAAAUGUGAGUACUGAUUGUGACCCGAACGAUCGUCGAAGAUGUUCUUGGCAGCGGAAUGAUUCGCAACCUAGCUGUUGGGAUGCAUUUGCUGGUCGUUCAGUCAGCGACCUGGAUCCCUGUCGAAGUAGUGUAUAUCUGUCAGCUACUAAGAACGAUGGGAGGACAGGACCAUGUGUCUCUGUUAAAGAGCUGUUGGUCCAGCUUCGGUUGCAAGAGGCACUUUACAUGGCGGAGGCGCAGAUGGAAGGUGUUUCCGUCAACAUAGACCUAGUUUAUGCUGCCAUGAUACUGGAGCAGUUCGAUCCACCAGUUGAAGACUCCCCUAUUCAACUACCCGAUUGCAACCUUCGCAUGAAAUUAAUCGAUUGCAACAUCCACACCAGUCUGGGAUCCCUCUCCCCACCUUGCCCUUCGCCACCGUCCUCUUCUCCACUCUUUUCUUCUCCACCUUCUCCCUCAGUCAUCAGCGAUCACACUCUUGACCGAUGGAUAUACGGCCAUGAGUCAGGAGUUAUUACUUUGGAAUGCCGCAACCAACGUAUGGUAACGACCAGUGCCAUAGUACAGGGGAUGCGUGUGUCGGGAAUAGAUUCCUAUGACCUUUUGAUCGGAACCGACAAUCUAAACAAUAACUUGGUCGGAAACAGAAAGACGUCGGCCCCCGGCGGGGAACCGGUUAGGGGCUCAAUUAACGUGUUCACGCUGAGAUCUGAUGGCUCCGUACACUUGGGGGAUGUAAGACUUGAUGUUGAGGAGCAGGACGCACUGAAAGCUAUGGGGACUCUAUUUCAUACCGCGUAUGCGCUCGUGCCACCCCGGUGGAGGCAAUGGCUAGAGAAUGAUAACAAGCAAACAAAAUAUUCUGGAAAUGAUCAGCUCUCACGCCUGGAGUUUGGGCGUCCGGACCUUGGUCGUCUUGACUCUGGUCGCCCGGACUCUGGUCUCCCGGACUCUGGUCAUCUGGGACCUGGUGAGGCGCGUUCAAUGGUCUUUACAUGGGUCGAGGGUAUGCACGAUACCACUAAUAAAACAUUGAAUCCUGAGGAUUUUACUUUAGAAGAGACUGUCCCUGCAGCUAAGUUUCUCGAAAUAGAUAGUUUAUCGGUGACAGUAUUGCCCUUGUUACAGUUGGAAUUAGAUAAGGUUGGUGUUGCACACACGUGUGUCACCGCUCAAAAAUUGCGCAUCAAAGAUUUAAAUCCAAGAUCAAGAUAUGAAAACAUUAUUCAGUCGUACAACAAGAAUGCAGGUAGGAUGGACGACGAUGACAAAGCCGCAAUCUGUAUCCAGUUUGAUGCAAAACCUAUUGACAAUUCCCUCGAACCGAUACCCGAUCUGAUUGACUUGACAGUGGGUACUCUCCAAACAGGGUCUAUUAUUGCUGAUGGAUCUGUUGAAGAACAUCAUCGUAAAACACUUUACGAGUACAGCAUACGUGUGCAAUUAUCUCGAUACUUAUGCACCCUCGAUUUUGGUACAUUAGUGUUAUUCUUUGAAUCUUUCCCUCAACGGAAUACCCCUCCGUCUACCGCUUGCCCAAAUAAUGCUUCAAGUAACGGUCCAAAUAAUGCUUCAACUAACGGCCCAAUAUCUACUAGCAUUCCGACUGCUGGGAUACCACCCCCUCGUGUAAUGUGUCUCGACAAGGAAUCUCCUUUACAUUCCCUAGGGAUACAUCAGGCUCGACCGGAAAGAUCGGAUACCAGCCUGUUAUUGAUCCGAAAGUUUAGUAUAGCGAGAUUGGAUUUAGUGCUCGAGGUGAAUCCGGAUCAGGAUGGCCGAGUGGGUGGACGUUGCCGGAACCCGAGGUGUAACGAUCCCGGUUGUAAGUCCGUACAGAUGAAGGCUUUGAAUGUAGCGAUGAAAUUUCUGAAGAAUCUUAAUCUGAUUACCCUUCAAGUGUUACCCAUACACAUCGUGGGGUUGCAUACGCCCAAUCAGUUAGGCCAGAAGUUGGUAAAAGAGUUCUCGAACAAAAAACAGACCAAGUUGGUGUUGCGACGGUUACUGGCGUCCAUCCCCUUUGCGAAUGUGAUCGAGGCGCUACUAACGGCGAGCGCGCCAAGUGACGAGGAUGACUAUCAGCAGCUUAUCAAAAUUCGCAAAUUCAGAGAUAUCAUUUACAACCAGGAUUUCGAGAACGUCUUGGGUCUAGAUCAUGACGACCUGUGUCUAGAUCAUGACGAUCUGAAUACCGAUCAUGGCCACGACCCAGACGUUCUGGAUGAACUUGGCCUCGACGACGAUAAUGACGAUAUUGAGCCGGGGUCGUCUCCCUUGCUGGAGUCAUCCUUGCGGUUUGGGCAAUCCUCCACGGAAGUCGACGGGUUCGAUCACCUCCUAGCGGACGUAUCUUGUCGAAGUGCACGGGUUUUAUUUCGUCAGAAGACCACAAGAGUGUCCUACUGGUUGGAACAGUAUGUAAGCACCUCUUUCCGACGUCUGGUACGCAGUAAGGAUGGGAUACUGAAAACCUCCGGGACUCUAUUGCACCUUCUGGCACUUCAGAGUCUUCACUGUAGCUCGAACCUUAUCACCACGUUCGACCCAACUUCAUCACGCAUAUUACCAAGAGAGCUUCGACCGCUUAAACUUGGACGCGCCCGCAGCCACCUACGACAGGCCCGCAGCAGUAACGAUAAUGAUCCAAGUAGGGACCCAAGCAACUACAACUUAAACGAAGGCGAGGAGUCCCCGCAAUCCUGGGACCUCGUGAAUCGCGGAGCUGACGAUUUCUGCCAACCAGAGUCGCUAGCAGAAGGACUUGAGACCGCCGUUCUACAACUCAAAAGAGGCGUGCGCGAUGUGGGCUCCCUCGUGGACGGCGGCAGCCUCUUCUCCAUCGCCUGCGUCAUUCCCACCAUGAUCGUCACACCCCUCAUCUCACUCACAUCUGCCCUCGAAAGCGCUCUACAAGGCGCCACCAACAGCCUAGACCCAACCGCAACCGAACUUCGCAAACUCUCCCUUAAGCGACCCCAGUAA